UUAGGCUCAAAUAGUUUUGCUGAUAAUUCUAUUGACAGCAAUGGCUGAUUUCCUCAUUGGAUCAGUUAUUCCUCCAAAUAAUGAAAAGAAGUCCAAGGGUUACAUUGGUUGGUCCGGUGAGCUCUUAGUCGAGAACUUUAUGCCCCGAUUCGUAGGCGAAUCCUUUUUCUCCGUGUUUUCGGUGUUCUUUCCGGCGGCCACUGGCAUACUGGCCGGCGCUAACAUAUCCGGAGAUCUUAAAGAUCCGCAACAAAGUAUUCCUCGGGGAACCCUUUUGGCCAUCUUUAUAACGACAAUCAGUUAUCUGUUGUUUCUCUUCAUAUGCGGGGCCACUGUUCUCAGAGAUGCCAAUGGAAUG